CAUCUGAAUAUCCCAUUUGAACCUUGCUUUCUCAAUAUUUUUUUUUUUCAAUUAUCCAACAAUUUUUCAUGGCUAAGAACAAAAGCACUCUCACUAUCCAAAAUUUCCAUCAAAUGGCAAGUUUGCUUCUCCAUCAUUUGGAAGAAGAAGCACCAGUGCAGACUAUCAUCAAGGAUGGCAAUGAAAUGGGUAAUCCAGAAUAUGAUGUCUGGUUAAGUAAUGAUGGAUUGCUUACCAGUUGGAUACUUGGAACCAUGAAUGAAGAAUCACUUAGUUUGGUUGUUGGCUGCGACUCAGCUCUACAAAUUUGGAGGUGCCUUGAAGAGCAUUAUCUGGCGUCUUCAAAAGAAAGUGAAUUGCAUCUCAAGGGACAAUUGGCUACCAAGCGAGGAGAUGGUGAAUCACUUGAUGAUUUCAUCAGAAAGUUUAAAAGGACAUGUGAUAAUCUAGCUGCUAUUCGCAAACUUGUUGCUGACCUUGAUAAAGUCUUUCAACUCUCUAGAGUUGUGGGAACUCGUUAUCUGCCUUACAACCUUGCCGUUCUCUCAAAAGCACCAUAUCCUACCUUCAAUCAAUACACUGCAGGCUUACUAAACAAUGAACGAGAUUUGCAGGUUCAAGAACAAGAACAUAAAUCACAAGUAUCUACGUAUACACACGUGUUUAUGGCCCAAAGAGGAAGAGGUCAAAGAGGUCGAGGCUAUGGUGGCAAGCAGUUCAAUUCUAAGGGGAGAGGUUUUGUCCAAGCUGGAAAUUAUAACUGGUCCAGUAACACCAAAACCCCCUUAGUUAACAACAAUCCUACACCACAACAAAGUAUGUUACAGAAGAAAUUUCAACCAAAGACUGUGACAUCACAAGGUGAGAAAACUUGUCAAAUUUGUGGAAUUAAUGGUCAUACUGCUUUGAAAUGCUGGUAUAGGUUUGAUCAUGCUUACCAAAGUGAAGAAUUACCUCAAGCACUUGCAACAAUUACUCUAGAAGAUGACAAGGAUCAAACCUUUUAUGCAGACACUGGAGCCAGUGAUCAUAUGACCUCAAGGAUAGAUCUAACCAACAUUUCUAAGAAUGUUGAUACAAAUGGGGAACUUUGCAAAUACCCAGAUUCUGAGGGAUGGCUCCAAGCUGUUUCACAUUUACAACCAUUAAAGGAUAUAGCUGACGUGCCUUCAAUUUCAACACUACCUCAACAAUUCACAAAUCUUACAAGAUUUUGUGAUGCAGAUUGGGCGGGUUGUCCUAUUACACGAAGAAGCACUACUAGGUAUUGCAUAUUUCUUGGUGCAAAUUGCAUCUCUUGGUUUUCAAAGAAGCAGCCUACUAUAGCACGCUCUACUGCAGAAGCAGAGUAUCGUGCUUUAGCCUCUACAAUAGCUGAAAUGGUUCCCAGAAAACCACGAAUUGAUCUUAUUGCUGUCAAGCUUCCCUGCAAGAAAUCAGGAAAGUGGUCAAGGGAUGUGGCUCAACUACACUUGCAACUAGCAGCUGCAAGGCUUGACCUUGUUGCACGUGAGGGGAAUGCAUGGCUUUAUGAACUAAACUUGCAUAAGUUGAGAGAAAAGAUAAGACUCUCAUUUGGGUCAUGUGAACACAUUGUUCCUCUCAAAGCUAAAGCUCAGAGCAUCCGUAUGGCAAGCUCCACAAGGGAUCUCGCGAUACUUGUUGAUGAAUCAAUUAAUUAUGACAAGAUCGUUUGCAUUGAUGCUGACCUUCUUAUACUUAGGAACAUUGAUUUCUUAUUUGAGAUGCUAGAAAGAUCUGCUACAGGAAAUAAUGCCACACCAGUCAACUUAGGUGUGAUGGUGGUUGAGCCAUCAAACUGCACAUUCCAACUGUUAAUGGAUCACAUCAAUGAGAUUGAAUCUUACAAUGGUGGAGACCAGGGAUACCUUAAUGAAAUCUUCACCUGGUGGCAUCGGAUCCCAAAACACAUGAACUUCUUGAAGCACUUCUGGGAAGGUGAUGAGGAAGAAAUUAAACAAAAGAAGUUUCAUCUAUUUGUAGCUGACCCUCCAAUCCUCUAUGUCCUUCAUUAUCUGGGUAAUAAGCCAUGGCUAUGCUUCCGCGAUUAUGACUACAACUGGAAUGUGGACAUUUUGCAAGAGUUUGCAAGUGAUGUUGCACACAAAACCUAGUGGAAGGUCCAGAAAACUUGCAAAAGUUCUGCUUGCUUAGGUUCAACAGAAGGCAGCAUUGGAGUGGGGUAGGAGGCAAGCUGAGAAAGCAAACUACACUGAUGGCCAUUGGAAAAUUAAGAUUAAAGACAAACGUUUGAA